AAGAAAAAAAAAAUGCUUCUUAGGAGCUCAUCAGGACCAGACUUGAACUCUUGGCUACCUCACUCGAAAGACUCAUCAUCACCAGAACCAGAGCCACUACUCCAUCUUCAAAGAACAAAAUUAGUCUCCUUAACCUGUUCUUUUCUUCUUUCUUCUUCUUUUUCUUCUUCUUCUUUCUUCGAAGAGCAAAAUGGGAGUGGAAAAAUCGAUUCAGGAUCAUCAUCCACGAUCCAAAGAUUGUUGUACUGCUUUGGUUUGGGAGGUAAAGUCACGAGUGAAGAAAGGUUCUCUAUGGAGAACGAAGAGAGGGUUUUGCAGACGCUUGUGACGGGUGAUGGAGUUGGUAGGAACGGUGGUCGGAUUAGGGGUGGAGCCGGCGAUGGGAGAGGAUUCAGCGGUGGAGAUGGUGAUGACGGUGGUGGUGGCUGGGGCUUCUUUGAGGGUAAUAACAAUCGUGGGAGUAAUAGCACUGAUACUUAUUACCAGAAGAUGAUUGAGGCCAAGUUUUUGAAAGAGGUAAAGAUAGUGAAGGAGAGAGAGGCAGAAUAG